AUGGACCGCACCGCCUCCGACUUUCCUCAGCAGACAGGACUACCUUCGCCUUAUCCCAGUAACUUUGGCGGCGACGCACAUUCCGAGGCUUCCUCUGCAGACCACGCUUCUGCUCAGCCCUACCCUCCUCCUCCCAAGGACGCUGCCUAUCCCGCGACUGCCACUCCGGCCUCCGACUACGGUGUCUACCCGCCGCCUGCCAGAUCGACCUCUGCCUACCCGGAUCACGUCCAACGUGCAUACCAGCCUGCCUCGUCUCCCUCCACCGGCAGUAUGGCGCAACAGAACAAUCCGUCGAUCGCCCAGCCCAGUCCGACCUAUCCUUACGGCCAGCACUCUCCCUAUGCGCCCAACCCGGACAUGGCGCAUAGCUACUCUCACCCCAACUCUAACAUGUAUGCCCAGCCCAGGCCUGAAUGGGGAGGUUAUGCUACCCAGCAUGGAGCCGCUCCUCUGACCCCAGGCCAUCCCGUCUAUGGACAAUCCCCUGCCUCUGCUCCUCAGCAGCGCCCGAACCAGGUCUACUCGUUCGUCCCGAUCCCCGGAGCCCAACAACACAAGCGUCCCCGACGUCGCUACGAGGAAAUCGAGCGCAUGUACAAGUGUGGUUGGAAUGGCUGCGAAAAGGCCUACGGCACUCUAAACCAUCUGAAUGCCCACGUUACUAUGCAAUCCCAUGGCCAGAAGCGCACUCCAGAGGAAUUCAAAGAAAUUCGCAAAGAGUGGAAGGCUCGCAAGAAGGAGGAAGAUGCGCUGCGCAAGGCCGACGAGGAACGUCAGCGCAGCCAAGCUGCCGCGAAUGGUGGCCAGGAGCCUGGCCACGACGGCGCGCCGGCACCAGGCUACCCCGGGUCCAGGCAGGUUCAGCUGCCUCCCAUAGGAUACCAGAAUCAGUACCCUGCGCCCCCUUCGGGAGUCGGCCAGCCGCCUUUGCCGGAAUACGGUGCUACCAGCCACAUGUAUCCCAACUACCAACCGCACUCGCCCUACGGCCAGCCGAGCCAGAACAUGUACAGCCAAUCCAAUGGCGCACAACCUCCUAGCCAUUAA